AUGGCUCAACUACAGAGACUACUGUGUGUUUUGGCCAUUGUAUAUCGUGCUAGUGCCAAACCAUUCCCUGAUAUCGGUACAACAAUUCAACCAGCACCCACGCAAUCACAGCCUCCCACAAUCACAAACUGCGGCACCGCCAUCUUCCCUCCAGUAGUAGUGCAGCAAUACGAAGGCCUCUCCACGAAUUCCGCCCUACAAUGUCAAUGCCUCAAUAGCCUCAACAGCUGGAUCUCUGAUCCUAACGCUCCAACACGAACCCUAACAAGAUAUAUCGGCACCGGCCUGACCACUAUCACCUCAACUGUUAGCGGCAGUGCCACGACAAUCACCAAGGCCGUAAUACAGACAGAUAUCGAGACCGUAACGGAUAAUUUCAUUGUACCCGCUACAAAUUUGUGGUACGGGUCCGCCAAGCCACCUUGUUGUUACAGUUGUACUGUCGCAGCGUCAACCGUUGACCUAUUCUUUUGGCCCCAAGCGAGCGAAACUGCCUCCGUCACAUCAUUCGUUUCCAACGGAUUCACAUAUCAAUCACCGUCUGUGUACAUCGGUUUUUCGUCCCUCUCCGCCAUCGACUUUUGCGGCCAAGUCGGCAAAGCAUAUGUGAACACCACCGUAGCAUUCAACCCAGAGGAGCUAUCUACUAUCGCUUUCUCAGUGGUAGCCGCUCCGCCAGUCACACUUUCAGCGACCUUUGCCAACGGAUCGACCAUGUUCACAACAUCGACUCCCACACAGUUCACUGCUACUGGCUCAGCACCACUCAACUAUCGCGACUUGGAGAGAAACUGCUCCACCAUUUCGGGAUAUACGUUUUUACCAGGAAACCCAUCCAAUGCUGGCAACAGAACCCCUGACCCUUGCCACCCCACGAUCGUGUUGCCCGAUAGAAUCAGAAGUUUGGACCCGGCGUGGGUAUCGUGUGUUGCCAAUGGUAUUGGAGGGUUCUAUGAUCCCCCCUCGGCCCUCAGCCCAGUAACAGCACCACCAGAGACCACUUCGCAACCUCCAGCAGUAACUACUUCGCUGGAUAACCCUUCUCCGGGGUCUUCAUCCGAUCCUACCACUCCAGCUGCUACUCAAAUUCUUACUGAUACCCCUUCUCCUCCACUGGUGACAUCUCAGACGACAUCUGCCGACAACCCUUCCCCUACAGGUGUUAACAAUAACAAUAAUCCUCCUCCAGCAUCACAGAGCAGCGGUUCACCUAACGGGAAUGGAAACGGAGACAUCGGCGGCACCUCUCCACCAGAUGGAUCUAACAAUGGCAAUGUUCCUCCGCCGGCCACCAGCGCGGAUCCCGGUAACGGUGUUUCUCCAUCUAACGGACCGGAAACAGGCAAUGGAGACAGUCCCGUCUCUAUUGUGAACCCCGACGGGGCAACCGCUUCGCCGAGCGAUGCGACACAAUCCGGUGUACCGCAGGAAUCCUCUAUAACUGUUUCCAGAGUCACCAUCAUUACCACCAGCUCUGCCGUUGGGCAAGACCCCGACGCUACUGGCAACUUAGGUCCGGAUGCUUCUAAUGGUUCAGUAGGCUCAAGUACUGGUGGUUCUCUAAAUGGAACUUCAUCCGGGACACCUACCGUGGUUAGGAGCGGAGCUUGUCCUCCAACGAAGGGGUUGAUGUUGGCAACAAGUCUUGUUGCUGCUACAUUACUUAUCAUGUUCUUUAAUUAG